AUGGCAUCGCCCUCGCCAUCCCCGGUGGGUUCGCCCGCAUCCGGUACCCGGCCCGAUCCUCGCUGGAAAAGCAGCGGCACGCAGAGCAACAAACCCAACCCACCGUCCGACGGCGGGCCCGAUGCCCAGUCACUGGGUUCACCGCUCCCCCAGAUUCUCUGGGCCCUCCAAAUACCCCUGUACAUCUCCCACGCCUCUCAGUCUUCUUCCACCACCGCCGUCGGCCCAUUCGUCGUCUCGGUCCCACGAUUCAGCUACCUAGCCCUGCUUUUGCCCCGCCUCACGGCUUACUUUGGCUUGCCGUGUUCGAGCUUCCACCAUGAGGAGAUCCAGUUGCGGAACCUGGCUGUUGGCCUCCUGGUGGACCUGUACCAGCCGACCACUCUACCUUGGCGGCUAGUCGUCGGUGACGGCCCGGAGUGGGAUAUCGCCGAUACGUUUACCAAUUCGGCCAAGGAAGCGGACUUUGUCCGGAACGGGAACGCAAAGCAAAUCAUGAGUCUGUCCAAGGAACACAGCACCGCCUUGUGGAACUCGGUGCAGGAUAAUGACUAUGCGUCCUUCAGCAGAGUCAACAGCCGCCUCCUCAACACCCCAACGCCACUCAAAAACGUCCCUCUCCGCAUCUACGUCCCAUCUUCCCCUAGCGGUGACGCCAACGACGCUGCCACGGGAUCCUUCAAGGUCGUCCAGACUCUCGUCCCACCACGGCUGCCGAAUCGGACAGUUCAAACACUCGGGGGCGCCCUCAAAACCGUCCUCCCGACCCUCUUCCCAAGCAGCCGCGAUCCAAUCUUGGCCCAGAUCAUCCUCCACGGCGGGCCGGUGCCGUUUCGUGCGCCGCUUGAGGAGUUGAUGCGCGAGGCUGCGUAUCCGGAUGGGUGGUUAUGUUUGUGUGUCGUGCUAUUGUGA